UCGAGGCCGCUCGCGGCGAGGGUCGCAGGUCCCGCGCGUCCCGCUUGCCUUCUCCCUGCCUGCAGUAGGCUGCCGGGGCUCGGCUCGCCGGGAAGCAGGAGAGCAUCGCUGGAGGGCAGCCGCCGCAAACUUGGAGGGGGAGGAUGCUGUCAGUGGGAGCGGCUGCGCGGGGCGCGGGGGCGCACUGAGUGCUCCCCACGGGCGCCCCCGCACGCUGCUGCCAGGGCUGCGGCCGGGCGAGCGCGCCGAGGCUGAGCCGGCAGGUAGAGGCUCCAGCGCCGGGACUGCGCCAGCCCUGCGAGCCAGGGCCGCCAGCGCCACCGUGCCGGCGUCGCGUCCUCGCCAGGGAGCCAUGGUGCGCGGAGCGCGCACGCCGCGCGCGGGACUCUGAGCUUCGGCUUUGCCGCGCGCCCCCACCUCCCCUCCUACCUCCGGGCUUUCCCACCGACCUCUCCCGCGGGCCAUGAAGCUUUGGCCCGCAGCCCCUCACCUCUGAGCCUCGCGUCGCCCGCUCCAGCCCCAGCGCCGCUCGGCCACAGAUAGCACUCUGGCCCCUGAAGCUCCCCAUCCUCUCCCAGGGAGGGCACCCAGGCGCUCCGGGAUGGCGCUCCGCGGGUCCCUCCAGCCGCACAAAGUUCGCAGGAGGCGAGAGAUGCUGCCGCAGCAAGUUGGCUUCGUGUGCGCGGUGCUGGCUGUGGUGUGCUGUGCGUCCGGCCUCUUCGGCGGCUUGGGGCACAGAACAGCUUCUGCUAGCAAACAUGUUCUACCGGACACGUGGAGAAACAGAAAGCUGAUGGCACCAGUGAACGGGACUCAGACAGCGAAGAAUUGCACAGAUCCUGCGAUCCACGAGUUCCCCACAGACCUGUUCUCCAAUAAGGAGCGACAGCAUGGAGCCGUCCUGCUGCACAUCCUCGGUGCUCUGUACAUGUUCUACGCCUUGGCCAUCGUGUGCGAUGACUUCUUUGUUCCGUCCCUAGAGAAGAUCUGCGAGAAACUCCAUCUGAGUGAAGAUGUGGCUGGAGCCACCUUCAUGGCUGCAGGAAGCUCGACGCCCGAACUGUUUGCCUCUGUCAUCGGUGUGUUCAUCACCCACGGAGAUGUGGGGGUUGGGACCAUCGUGGGCUCUGCCGUGUUCAACAUCCUGUGUAUCAUUGGAGUUUGUGGAUUAUUUGCGGGGCAGGUGGUCCUUCUGACGUGGUGGGCCGUGUGCCGAGACUCCGUGUACUACACCCUCUCUGUCAUCGUGCUCAUUGCCUUCAUAUAUGAUGAAGAAAUUGUGUGGUGGGAAGGCCUGGUGCUCAUCAUCUUGUACGUGUUUUACAUUCUGAUUAUGAAGUACAACAUGAAGAUGCAGGCCUUUUUCACAGUCAAACAAAAGACCAUUGCAAAUGGCAACACGGUCAACAGUGAGCUGGAAGAUGGUAAUGAUUACUGUGAUAGUAGCUCUGAUGACCCUUCCAUGCCACUGCUGGGGCAAGUGAAGGAGGAGCCGGCGUACAGCAAAAACCCGGUGGUGAUGGUAGAUGAGGUCAUGAGCUCCAGCCCUCCCAAGUUCAGCUUCCCGGAGGCGGGCUUGCGCGUAAUGAUCACCAAUAAGUUCGGGCCCAGGACGCGGCUGCGGAUGGCCAGCAGGAUCAUCAUUAACGAGCGGCAGCGACUGAUCAACUCAGCGAACGGCGUGAGCAGCAAGCCGCUUCAGAACGGGAGACACGAGAACAUCGAGAACGGGAACGUUCCUGCGGAAAACCCCGCAGACCCUCAGCGGGAGCAGGAGCAGCAGCCCCUGCCCCCGCCACCACCCCCGGAGCCCGAGCCGGUCGAGGCUGCCUUCCUGUCCCCCUUCUCCAUGCCCGAGGCAAGAGGGGACAAGGCCAAGUGGGUGUUCACCUGGCCACUCAUCUUCCUCCUGUGCAUCACCGUCCCCAACUGCAGCAAGCCCCGCUGGGAGAAGUUCUUCAUGGUCACCUUCGUCACCGCAACACUGUGGAUCGCCGUCUUCUCCUACCUGAUGGUGUGGCUGGUGACCAUUAUUGGAUACACACUUGGGAUCCCUGAUGUCAUCAUGGGCAUUACUUUCCUGGCAGCAGGCACGAGCGUUCCAGACUGCAUGGCCAGCUUAAUCGUGGCGAGACAAGGCCUUGGUGACAUGGCGGUCUCUAACACCAUAGGAAGCAACGUGUUUGACAUCCUAGUUGGACUCGGCAUACCGUGGGGCCUGCAGACCAUGGUUAUUAAUUGUGGAUCCACAGUGAAGAUCAACAGCCGGGGUCUGGUCUAUUCUGUGGUCUUGCUGCUGGGCUCUGUUGCUCUCACCGUCCUUGGCAUCCAUCUAAAUAAAUGGAGGCUGGACCGCAAGCUGGGGAUCUAUGUGCUGGUUCUCUACGUCAUCUUCUUGUGCUUCUCAAUAAUGAUCGAGUUUAACGUCUUCACCUUCGUCAACUUGCCGAUGUGCCGAGAAGAUGAUUAAAGCUGAGCCGCCCCCCCUGGGAGCUGUUCUGGACACUCUGGCGCCGGCACCCUCCUUUCUCUCCCCUUCCUGCACCACGAGUCUCUCCACGUCGGCAGCCGCCGUCUGUUCUUUCAUACACUGGAAGGAAGAGCCAUCGUGGUCUUUGUCUGGUCACGGGCCAGGGUGCUGGGCGUCCUCCUUGGAGUUCUGCCCCCCAAGGCAAGAUCUGGGGGCCGCUAUCUGAGCAGCUGCACAGACCUCUGAGCUGCUAGCCACAGGGAUGUGGCAUGUGUCACAUCUCUCUCGACACUUGAGUCAGAAGGACGUCUGUGUUCUGUCUGUGCUUCUAUUGCACUGCAGCCUCGAAAAUGAGGCGGUCGGUGAGUGUGAGGCCUCCAGGGACAAGUGCAAAAUAGGACUGUUGUUCGCAAGUGUCACCUCUGGGCCAGAGGGUGUGGGUCCCUUAGGCAGCAUGUGCCACUUAGAGCCUCUAACUGCUGCUGGAAGCACUCACGGUUGAGACGGGGCAAGGCCUCAACCUGUUGGGGUUUUGGGGCCAUGAGGCAGACGUUCCACCCCUUUUUCUGGAAACAUUGGAAGAAUGGAAACAGUUGUUCACAGCAGAAGAGAGAAAGCGAGUGAAUAGUCUUAGCACUUUUAUGGAUGCAUUCAGAGAAUGAGCAAUGAAAUAUUAAAAAUAAAAUGUCAUAUAAAUCAUGAUACUUGAAAAAUAUCAUUCCACAUAAAAAGAUGGGGACCAAAAAGGUAGCGCUUAGGGAAAACGAAUCCUAUGUAUAUCGUGUUGCACUGACACUAAGACGUUUGGUCUGGAAUAUAGAAAAGAGUGAGAGACUAAUGUCUAAACGGGCGCUAACUCAGAGACACAGUGGAGAUUGUCGUUCACAGCCGUACAUUCCAGACCUUCCGUGCGACGCGACGCGCUGUCGGUUUGGGUUUGUCAUGUCUCUGUUAUUGCUCUACUCUCAAAACCACCCUGUUCAAAGACCUAAUUGUUUGUAGGCCCAACAAAUUUCAUAGCCUGCUGAACUGGAAUGAGUGUGCCAGAAAUAAUGGUUAAUGACAAGAAGAGAGAUUUCCUGAAAAACAACCAAUUGUUCUCCGGUUAGCUGGAGGCAAGUAUGAAAACCACCACUUGGAAUUUUUAGAUUGAAGUUUCUUGAACCUUAGAGUUUGCUACCCAUGAAAGGCUAAGGAUGGGAGGCUGAUUCAAAAAUAGGCAGAAAAAUAUUAAACAAUUUCAACUGCUUCAUAGCUCUCAAAUAUAUAUUAAAAAGAUUUACGAACACAAACCCUUCGUGGUUUCUGAAAAGACAGCACAAUUAAUUUUAUAUAGAGGGUUUUUUUUUUUAAUUUUUUUAAUGUUUCUAUUGCAAAAGUCUAUCAGAUUUGCUGCACUUUUCAUAUUGGGAUAUUUUGCUUGGAUGGGAACCACCCAUGAUGGGGUGAAGGCAGGAGGCGUUUAGUGCUUCACGGAUAAUUGGUCGUUGGUGAGACGUUUAAAUCCAAUCGUGAAUUCCUUCCUGAGACAUACAGGUUGUGGCGCGAGGUGGAAUUUCUGGCUGUGCUCUAGAAGGCCUCCUGGCUUUCAGGAGGAGGAAGUGUUCAAGCUUGUGUCCUUUAGGUGAGCGUGAGCCUAAGAUGGGACGGGACUCCGUCACCAGGCUUCCAUUCUGGACCCGUGUCAGUGUUAGGAGCUGCAGGCACGUUAAGGCUUCUGUUUUUGUUUCUCUGCUUAGCUGUUGGGCUCAGUGGUCUUCAAGUUGAGGACAAUGGUGACUUUCCUAACAAAUUAUCUCAGUGGAAGGCCAGAGAGCCCGUAGGUUCAUCAGUAUCAACUUUAAAUGCAAGGGGGUUCAGAGCCCUUGGGACCGCUCUGCCCUCUUACCGUACUCGCUGGGUCCCUUCCAUCCUACAGACUCAUCUGGGUUUCAAAGUGCUUCUAUCUCUACCCUGAUUCUCAGAACUGCCCAGUGAUGUAAGUAGGGAUUAUUCUCCCUGUUUAAGAGAAAAUGUAGUCUUGGAGCAGUCAGGUGAGUCAAGGUCAACGGCCAGUAAGUAGCAGAGCAGGGCCCAAGCUCCAGAUCAUCACCCUUUCUGGCUCAGCCAGUGGGUU